AUGGGACGUCGGUUAUUUCAACAAUGGGUUGUUGAUAGUUAUGUAAAAGUUGAAGAAGAUAGAUUAAAUUUUUCCAGAUUUAAUCAAAAACAAUUACGCGCUGAAUCAUAUGAAGGAUUAGUCGACUAUUUAAAUAAAUAUUGUAAUGGUAACAAUAAUCAUGACAAUGCUCACAAUAGUAAUAACAUUGGAAAAAUAGUAAUUCUUCCUUCAUCAUUCAAUGGAUCCCCUCGUAAUAUGUUACAACAUUACCAAGAUUCAAUGGCAAUAGUAAGAAAAUUUGGUAAGCCUGACAUAUUUUUGACCAUGACUUGUAAUCCAAACUGGCUUGAAAUUAAAGAAAAUUUGUUUUCUAAACAAACUGCUGCAGAUAGACCGGAUAUAGUAACGCGUGUAUUUAAUAUUAAAAAAAAUGCUCUCAUUAAUAUGAUUGUUAAAGAACAUCAUUUUGGAGAAGUUUUAGCUUACGUAUAUGUAAUUGAAUUUCAAAAACGUGGAUUGCCACAUAUGCAUAUGUUAAUCACAUUAAAAGAAGGACAUAAAAUAACAACUACUCAAAUGGUUGAUAAAUAUAUUUGUGCUGAAAUACCAAAUGAAACUGACGAUCCUAUAUUAUAUGAUAUAAUAACUAAAAAUAUGUUUCAUGGACCAUGCGGAAAUUGGUGUACAGUGAAUGGAAAAUGUUCGAAACACUACCCAAAGAAAUUCCAGCAAGAAACAACUAUGGAUGAAAAUUGUUAUCCUCAUUAUCGUCGUCGAGAUUUAGGAAUUAGUUUUAUUCGAUCACCAACAUGUACCUUUACAAAUGAACAUGUAGUACCAUAUAAUAAAGUACUGUCAAAGCGAUUUAAUUCACAUAUUAAUGUAGAAAUUGUUUCAUCCAUAAAAUCUGUAAAAUAUUUGUAUAAAUAUGUUUACAAAGGACAUGAUAAAGCAAUGAUAACAAUUAAUGGAAAUAUUUCUGAUUCUGACAAUAAUGUUACUGUCCAGUAUGAUGAAAUUAAUAAUCAUAUGGAAACUCGCUACGUCGGACCAGUUGAAGCUGUAUGGAGAAUAUUAUCAAAACCAUUACAAGAAAAAAGUCAUAGUAUUAUUAGAUUACCAGUUCACCUACCAAAUCAGCAAAAUUUACUGAUCAAUAAUGAUUGUGAUGAAACAGAACUUCGAAACGUUUUAGAGAAACAAACUAUGUUAGUUGAUUUUUUUGCAUUGAAUACACGUGAUCAAGAUGCUAGACAAUAUGUUUAUAUGGAUAUACCCAAUCAUUAUGUAUUCAAAAAACAAAAUGAAACAAAUAUUUUUCAAUGGACACAGCGUCAAAAACAAUUUAAAGUCAUUGGACGUAUGUACUCAGUAAGUCCUUCAAAAGUUGAAUUAUUUCAUUUAAGAUUAUUAUUAACUAAAGUAAGAGGACCGAAAAGUUUCGAAGAUAUUAGGACAGUAAAUGGCCAUACAUAUGACACAUUUAUGGAUACUUGCCUCGCAUUAGGAUUAAUUGCCGAUGAUAAUGAAUGGGAACAUGCACUUCAUGAAGCAAUAAAUUGGAUGAUGCCAUGUCAAUUAAGAUAUCUAUUUGUUCGUAUACUGUUACAUUGUAAUCCAAUGUAUCCUCAUAAACUCUGGGAAAAAUUUAAAGAAUCAAUGAAUACAAAUGUCGAAUUUUCCAAGUAUGCCACAAUUAAGAGCUUCAGAGUGUAUGGAUGA